AUGGUAAGAGGGAAGAUCGAAAUCAAGAAAAUCGAGGACGUGACGAGCAGACAAGUCACGUUCUCCAAGCGUAGGAAAGGUCUCUUGAAGAAGGCUCACGAGCUUUCAGUUCUAUGUGAUGCUCAAGUAGCCACCAUUGUCUUCUCUCAGAAAGGAAGAUUAUAUGAUUUCGCUAGCUCCGAGUAA